UUCUUAUUUUUUAAGCUGUUUCUUUUUUCUUUGAUCUUCAUCAUCUCUAAAUUAUGCUUUCUAGAAGACUGCUGUUGCUAUGCUGAUUUGACCUUGAUCACUAAUGCUAAGUUUAUCUCUGAGGUGUAGAAAGUUUUAUGAGUGUAUAACCUUUGUGAAAAUAUCAGCCACUUGCACAGUUUUUGGGAUGUGGUUUAUUCCGAUUUCUUUGUUAUUUACAUGAUUUCUAAAAAAAUACAAGUAUAUUUUAAAAUAUUUGGACUUAGAAUGUAAAAUAGGAUUGACAGCUAAUAAUACUGCACUGAAGUUAUCACAGUAUAUCAUUGGAACUUCUAUUAAAGAGAAUUUUAACUCACUCAUCAUAGUUUUUAAUCAGAUCAAUUUUUCUACUAUAUCUACUAUACUCCUAUAGUAUCCUUUUAUACUUGACCUAGUCACAGUCGUUAAUUUGUUGAUGCCUAAGACACCAAUUUCGAAUCAAGAAAUACACAUUAUUCACUAAUAGACUUUUUAUCAUUAAGAUCCUUAACCUAAUUUGAAUCACAAUAAAAAAUAACUGCUAUAAAAUUAUUUCUUUUUAAAUAUAAAUCAUAGCUUAUUGUACCAUUUAAGUAUUUCAAUACCCGUUUCAACAAUUUUUAAUAAGAAUCUAAAUUAAAGAAAGUUGGAUAAAUUGAGUAAACUUGUACACACUAUAAGAGAUUUUAGGUUUGGUCACUAUUAGAUAUUGUAAGCUGCCAGUUACAUAUCUAAAUAGUUUUGGAUCACCAAAGUUUGAACUUCCAAAAGCCGUGUAAACAUUAGACCUCCAUCAACAUUAGUGUAAAUCUCCCAUAUUCUUCAUAGCAAACUUAGCAUUCAGUUUCUCUCUGACAUCUCUGUUCGUUCUGUCUUCAUCCGUUAGCCGGAACCUUUCCUCGCCGCUAACAUCUCUGUUCGCUCUGUUCGUGCUUCAGGACUUAGGAGAGGUGAGAAAUUCUUACAUGUUGAGCGUAUUUAUGCCACCGCAGGAAGAAAUAGAGAUUGGAGAACAAGGUCUAGAUGAUCCUGAAACAAUUCUUGGGCCUUAGUCACAAGUUAAGGCCUACAGUAAUCAGUUCUCGGAUGGAGAAAAGGAAGGCAUUACUAACAGAAAAUGCAGACCAAAAAAAGCGAUUGCCUGAUAAUUUGCAGAAGAAACUUGAUGAGACUUUCUUAAACAUGCAGCUCUAUGAAAAAGCCUUGAAAUUGUUUGAACAUGAUCAAUCAACUUCUGAAUUAACAUCCCAAGUUUCUGCUGAGACUGACCCUGUAUCCUUCUGCCAAAAGUUGUGUCAUUACUUUAUAUCCAGGUUACUUUGGUUGCUUCCACACCCCCUCUCUCUUUCUGAAGCCUACCAUCUCCUUAUUGUUUUCUUCCACUUACUACAGUUUUACCAUAAAGCUAUUCAAGCCCCUGGAAGGGUGAUCUCUGUUUCUAUUUCCCAAUUGAAGGAUAAGCGCGAUGAGUCAGCAGACAAGGUAUUGACGGAUUAUCAAGCUGCUACAGUGACUCUUAGCGCUAUUAUCAGCUGGUGAUGUUUUAUAGGAAGACGAUUGUGCAUCUGAUAGAAUUUUGAGUAAAAGGGAACUUCUGGAGAGUCAAAUGUGGGAUCUCAAAAGCUUGGUUUUGACCAACACACAACAAUCACCUCAAUUGAGCAGGGAUGCAUUUCACACAAUAAUUAUUCGGUGACGUCUAGUUCCUUAAGUGAAAGCUUAUGACAAUUGUGCAGACUAGAGAAAAUUUUCACAAUUUUGUUUUAGACAGUACAAAGAUCAUUUUCACUAAUUCAUCUCGCGCAAAGUUUGAUACUCGGGUGUUUUCCAUCCUUAAAUUUCUGCUUAACAAAUAUUCUGAGCCAGAGCCUCAAUGAUACUACCAAAGAAUUUGGAACCUAAAGACAAUUUUUCAUAACCAUUUGUUAAAAUACCAAGAUAAUUAUGGAUUAGAUCACUUAAAAUAUCAAGCAACAUUCUAAUUGUUUUAAUGUGAAAGCCCAAAGAACUAUAUAAUCCAAAAUAAAAUAAAUAUACUUUUACCAGUCCAAUGAGUAUGAAGUAAAUCCAACUUCAAUAGAACAGGGGAAAGGGCAAAAUGAUGUCAUGCAAUGGGAGUGUAAAUUUGCAAAAUUAAACAAUCCUAUAAUCAACUCAUGCCUUGUGCAUACAAGUCGUUAGCCAAAAACAAACUCUUAAAUGAAACCUUGAUUUGUAAC